GCAUCACUAAAAAAACGUGUUUCACUGAACAGCUUGCGUUCUCAGUAUUCAGCUAGUGUAUUUGUUCAUCUCGAGCAAAGACGCGUGGAAACACACUGCAGCAGACGGCCGGCCCUGGGGCCCGUAGCCCAGCACGUUAAACGUAACGGUCGGUGACCUGGUCUCGUUUUGACAUCUGUGUUCUCUUCCUUGUUCCACGGGACAGAAGCGGGCAUGAUGUGUAGCUCUACUCCACGACAGCCGUACGGUCUCGCUUCAUUUUUCCCGUACGACCAUGAAGAGUGCCUUCCGACGGAGUCCCCUGGUGCGCCAACGGUUUACAUGCCGUCGCCGAUAUCAGGAAACGUGUUGCCUCCGAGGUCUCUCCCAGAGUCCCGCGACGCGACCAUUGAGAAGCCAUCUCCACAGGCCUUCUUGCCACUGUCGACUGACCCGAAAACGCCGCCGCCGAAAAGUGCAGCUGAGCCCCGCGUCCAGCGUCUCUCUCACCUUGUGUGCAUCUGUGGACUCGCUGCGGGUUCACUAACGAUUGCCACCGGAGUUGUCCGAAUUCUCAAAGCCUCACCAUCGCUGCAGUGGCCAACGGAGAACUUGCUCGACGACCUGAACGACGAGUUAUGGCGUCGAAAGCUGUUUCUUCUUAAUCCGGGAGACAUUUGUGAUUUGUGGGCACCUAUCAUUUUUGGCACUGUAUCUUUCCUCACACAUUUUCGCCUAUUUGAUAUGAAGGCAAUAACAUGUAAUUUCAGCCAUUACUCUUCUUGGAACUUGGCUCAAGCUCUAUACGCAAACUAUGGAUACUGCGGCGUGCUAGGACUGGCUGCAGGGGUUCUGUCUACUUGCACCAGUUUUCUGAGCUUAGUCUCGGCGAUACUCCACGUGGAUGGGCAGGCAAGCUUGGGGCUUGAAAUCGGCUUGCGGUCAGGGGCAAGGCCCCCCAGAAUACCGAACUCACAGCGCAGCCUUACGGCUAUUCAAGUAGAGCCAUAGACCCUAAACCACCUUUCUGGAAUUCUGGGAUUGAGGCGUGCUUGCCCUGGUUUCGCCAUGUCUAACGUAAUUGUCUCUUUUCGCCGACUAACACCUUCGGAAUGAACCCCUGCAGCUGCAUGAAUUGAGAUAACAACUAGGCACGGAGCACAACUCGCUCUUCAGCGGCUCCACUGGGCACACAACGACGAUACGAAAUAUCGUUGGAGAAACAAGCAGCUCGUGCAGCGACAGAAGUGAGAAUACAGUGGUAUGUUAUAACGAUGGUGCUUGGGCGCCUAACGUGAUGCGUUUUGCGAUAUGAAUGUCUGUUCCGGAAUUUCUGCAAAGGACAACGGCCUUAUUAGAGAUGGUUGCAGUGUUUAACCUUUUGUGGAAUGGGUAUAGAACAGUCGCUAGACCACUAGCAAAACAACAACAAACAACGCAGUUGUGCUCCAGUCACCAUGGAGGAAAGGGUGUUUCCUCAAAAGCCAAAGGGUGUGGACGCUUUCUCCAUAUGUAUGUUAGACACCGCCUUAAACAGGCCUAAAAGACGACAAGGCACAGCGGUGGAGAAACACAGCAUAACCAGGGACUCACCACCCAGACCUCUAGACCACGAGCACGUGCCACCUGAUCGAGCGCAUCUUUUUGACCUCGGGAACAAGACACAUGCGUAUGUCGCGACGGAAGCUGCCAUUCGACGAAAUACGGCAUGAACCCAACGGCCACACCCCCUGUUGCCGCAAUGACACUUUCCUGGUUCGCCGCGAG